AUGUGGUCAGCUCUGACCUCUUCCCCCCGUUCCCGUCGCGUCGUCCUCCCCCUCUCUCUCCUCCUCAACCUGGCCAUCAUCCUGCUCAUAGUACUCCCACCGCCUUACUACCCCGACAGACUCUCCAGGCUCAAACUUCCAGAGAUCGACUUGGAGGGGUUUGAUCUUUGGGAAUGUGGGUUGUGUGAUGUCAACCCUAGAUUAUGUGAAGAGCUAGGAUCAGACACAUUGGCCAAAGCUAUAGGUUUCUCAGUCAGCUCCAACAUCCGUCUCCGCCGAUUCCUACAAAAAGCCUCGCGAGGAGAUCCCUUCACGGUAGCAGUGGUUGGAGGCUCGGUUUCUGGCGGUCAUGGUUUGAACGAUCUACCCGAGGGACCGUACUAUUCCCCUAGAAAUAUGCACAGGAGGGUGUUUGAGCAUCUCUGCGAUCUUUUUCCGCAGAACGACCGGGUUUUGAUGGAGGGGGCGUCGGAAGGGGUGAAUGGUUUUGUCAAUGGUGCGCAAGGGGGUAAAGGCUCGAAUUACUUUUCGAUGUGUUUCGGCGAACACAUACCGGAAGAUGUCGAUUUGAUCCUUCUUGAACUGACGAUCAACGAUGAAUUACAUAUGGGGAUUCCUCAACCUUACGAGCUCAUGUUGCGUGGUUUGUUGGACCUACCCAGUCAGCCUGCAAUAUUGAGCAUGCAGAUCUUCGCUCUCAUGUUUGGCUCCAUCGCUCUUGGUGGUGAUCUGCAUGAAAGUUUCUCGCAGUACUACGACAUCCCCAUUGUUUCGCUCCGGAAUGUGUUGUUACACCAGGCGCUGGAUAACGUGACGCUGGUACAAGAGUUGUUUGUCAACAAGGGACCUAUAGAAGGGGAGUCAUUGGAGAAUGUGGAUUUGCGGCAUUUGUCUGGAAAAGGUCACGCUCUCAUGGCGGACCUAGUGAACGCCUACAUCGACGGCCAGAAGUGCGCCAUGGAUGUGGAAGAUUCUUGGGAAGAAGAUUACACAUCGGCGCCUUUGCCCAGACUAAGACUGUUUCAGAAGUACGACCCGUAUGCAACAAAUCCGACGUUGAAACCGGAUUGUUUCUCGAUGGACGGGACAAAACACCCGCUUGUGCCGAGUCAAAACGAGGGCUGGCGACCUUGGAACUGGAAAAACAAAAACUACCUCAUAGCUGAUCAGCCCGGAUCCACCUUCACAGUUCCCUUUCAUUCGUCCUUCGGCACCGUGUCUUUAUACUAUCUUCGCUCCAGCGAGUUUGGUCUAGGCAGCGUGAGUUGCUGGGUGGACGAGGACAAGGAACUGGCGCAGAAGGCGGAGGGUUACUGGGUCCACGAAUUCAACAUUGGGCAAACCCUGAAUGUACGGGAAGACCUCCAGCCAGGAGAACACAAACUUCAUUGCGAACUGUUGGCGACGAGUGCCGACCCGGGGAAGGGGACUGAAUUCCGGGUGAUUUCCGUGAUGAGCAUCUAA